AUGGUUCUGGAAAAUGGCUCUAUUGUGACUGAAUUUAUUCUCUUGGGAUUAACAGACCAGCCAAGUCUCCAAAUGCCUCUUUUCAUAUUGUUUCUAUUAAUGUAUAUGAUCACAGUACUGGGAAAUUUGACUUUGAUAAUUUUAAUUGUGUUAAAUGCUCAUCUACACACACCCAUGUAUUUUUUCCUCUUUAAUUUGUCCUUUGUAGAUCUCUGUUAUUCUUCUGUGAUUACACCCAAAAUGAUGAUGAAUUUUAUAGUAGAGAAAAAUCUUAUCUCUUAUAUGGGCUGUAUGUCCCAACUCUACUUCUUUUGUUUUUUUAUAAUUUCUGAAUGUUAUGUUCUGGUAUCAAUGGCCUAUGAUCGAUAUACAGCUAUCUGUAAUCCACUCUUGUAUAACACCGCCAUGUCCCCAAGGGUGUGUUCUUAUCUUAUGCUUGGUUCAUAUUUGAUGGGAUUUUGUGAUGCUAUGAUCCACACAGGUUGUAUGCUCAGACUGACCUUCUGCGAUGGCAACACCAUCAACCACUAUUUCUGUGAUGUCCUCCCUUUGUUGCAGCUCUCCUGUACAAGCACCUAUGUCAAUGAAACAGAAAUUUUCAUUGUAGGGAGCAAAGACAUAAUUUUUCCCAGUGUCAUGAUUUUUGUCUCUUAUGGCUUCAUCCUUUCCAGCAUCCUCCAAAUAAGGUCCACUGUGGCCAGAUCCAAGGCCUUUAGCACCUGCAGUUCCCACAUAAUUGCUGUGUCUCUGUUCUUUGGGUCAUGUGGGUUUAUGUACCUGAAACCGUCUUCUGUUUUAUCAAUUGAUCAAGGAAAAAUCUCUUCCAUUUUUUAUACCAAUGUGAUUCCAAUGUUGAACCCAUUAAUAUAUAGUUUGAGAAACAAAGAUGUUAAAAUUUCCCUAAGAAAGAUCCUAAACAAGAAGAAAAUUUUUAUAUAG